UCAAAUUGCCCACAGUGCGAUCACAAGAAACAUAGACGAACGGAUCUGUGCGCAACGAGCCGCUACGAUAUCAUUAUCAUACAGAUUUUUAUCUUUUCAUCUAGCUUCAGUUAGUGAUGCUUUCUGAUCUCUUCAUAAUUAUAAUUAAAAAGAAUAAAUUAUCUAGUAAUAUAGUUCUACUACGGUACACGAAUUUUUGAGAUUAAUUAACCGGAUUUUCUGGGUUAUGAUUUACAUCGGUACAGAAUCUAGUGAAAGCACGUCGAGUGAAAUUCUAUGAAACUUCGGCGGGAGUCGGGGAGAGAUUACAAGCGACCGCGAGGUGCCGCUAACUUAAUCAGUUAUCAAGGCAUCGCCUUAUCAAAAGAUGCGAGUUGAUAGCGUGCGCGUUACCAUAUAUGGUGACAAAAACUGAGUCAGCCCGCGAUUGGUGGAAAAACAAACUGGAGCCGAUACUGUGUAAAUUGUGAUAACGGCUCUUUUAUAUAGUUUAUCCUCACGAGUCGGUUCUCAUUUACUAAGGUGUGCUCGAACAGUGCGCAUUCGCAUCUACGUACCUACUUGUCACUUAUUUAAUAAUACUAUACUAAUUCAAGAUGUGCGACGAAGAAGUUGCCGCGUUGGUAGUAGACAAUGGCUCCGGUAUGUGCAAGGCCGGUUUCGCAGGAGAUGAUGCUCCUCGCGCCGUAUUCCCCUCGAUCGUGGGAAGGCCCCGCCAUCAGGGCGUGAUGGUCGGCAUGGGACAGAAGGACUCGUACGUAGGAGACGAGGCACAGAGCAAAAGAGGUAUCCUGACCCUCAAAUACCCCAUCGAACACGGAAUCGUCACUAACUGGGAUGACAUGGAGAAGAUUUGGCAUCAUACCUUCUACAAUGAGCUGCGUGUCGCCCCCGAGGAACACCCCGUCCUGCUCACUGAGGCUCCCCUCAACCCUAAGGCCAACAGAGAGAAGAUGACCCAGAUCAUGUUCGAAACAUUCAACACGCCCGCCAUGUACGUCGCCAUCCAAGCCGUGCUCUCGCUGUACGCGUCCGGUCGUACCACCGGUAUCGUGCUGGACUCCGGCGACGGUGUCUCCCACACCGUGCCCAUCUACGAGGGAUACGCACUCCCCCACGCCAUCCUGCGUCUGGACUUGGCCGGUCGUGACCUCACAGACUACCUCAUGAAGAUCCUCACCGAGCGCGGCUACUCGUUCACUACCACUGCCGAACGGGAAAUCGUUCGUGACAUCAAGGAGAAGCUGUGCUACGUCGCUCUCGACUUCGAGCAGGAGAUGGCCACCGCUGCAUCCAGCAGCUCCCUCGAGAAGUCUUACGAACUUCCCGACGGUCAGGUCAUCACCAUCGGAAACGAAAGAUUCCGUUGCCCAGAGGCCCUCUUCCAACCCUCGUUCUUGGGUAUGGAAGCCAACGGCAUCCACGAAACCACAUACAACUCCAUCAUGAAGUGCGACGUGGACAUCCGUAAGGACUUGUACGCCAACACCGUAUUGUCCGGUGGUACCACCAUGUACCCUGGAAUCGCCGACCGUAUGCAAAAGGAAAUCACAGCUCUCGCCCCAUCGACAAUGAAGAUUAAGAUCAUUGCUCCUCCAGAGAGGAAGUACUCCGUAUGGAUCGGUGGAUCGAUCCUCGCCUCCCUCUCUACCUUCCAACAGAUGUGGAUCUCGAAACAGGAGUACGACGAGUCUGGCCCCUCCAUUGUACACAGGAAGUGCUUCUAAGCAUUGAGACUUUAAGUUAUGAUGCCCUACAGCAGAACCUCAAGAGGGUGGCUCAAAUUACGCUUGUGAUCUUGUAAAUAAAUUCAGUAUUUAAUGUAGGUUGUAAGGUAUUGUAAUAUGCAUAUUACGUAAAACGAACGGAAUGUUGUUGUUGCCGUUUUUUUUUUGACAAAGAUUUUUAUUUAUUAAAGUUACUAACCCCAAAACUUUUUAAUAAAAUAAAUUUAUAUACCGGUAUAAUAA